AUGGCUAAGACUCUUGAGAUGGAUAAAUUUCAAAAUUGUAAUUACUUUAUUACAUCAAUUGAUGCAAUUUUGCAAAAGCUUAAGGAUUUUAACAAACCUCCUCGUAGGGAUACGAUACAAUUUAUACUACAAAAAAUUUGGAAAUGCGUUUGGAAAAUCUUUCAGACGAUUUUAAAACGUCGGGAAGGUGAUAAUGUCGGAAAGCUGCAAUUUCUGGAAAAUGUAAUUGUCGAGAAAGUGGAAAUGUUAGGAUUAUGGGCUAUUGGAACGUAUUCUGUAGGACGUGAAGAUAAUGAAAUCGAAGUUAUUUUGUAUGUACCAUGUCAUCAUGUAGAUCGAGACCUCGAAUCACAAGCCAUUUUUAAAAGAGAUGAAUACUAUUCUGUCAGUGGAAAAAUCGUAUCCAAUUAUUAUUCUGGAAACAUCGGACCAAAGGGUUAUAAGUCUGAAAAUUCUGUGACUGUACCAUUGAUUAUUAGUUACACUGAUGCUUUUGGGAAAUAA